UGAACUCAAUUUUUAUGGAGAUUGAGUAAUAUUCUGCCCGUGCUGCAAAUGAAGAUUAAGCUCUUAUGAGUAAGAGAGGUGAUUAAGAAUAAAGAAAAUCAGAGUUUUUUUAACGUUGUUCAGAGGAUCGUAAAGUAUUUACAGAUCUUUCUCAAUCAGAGAAAUAUAUAUUUGGAGAUAAAGCUAUUUAUAUAGGUAAGGUAAAAUUAGAAUAGAGAUUGUAAGAUAUAGAUAAAGUCAUUUUACCUUUUGAUAACAUUAAUUUAGAUGAGAAGGAAAGAAAUGAAAAAAUGAAAGAGUAAUCUAAGUCUUCUUAAUCAGAUAAUUAAAGGAUAGAUCUUAAUAAGAGAAAUAAAAUGACUGAAAAUUUCUGGUUAAUAUUAAGUCCAGAUAGUUGGGUGAAAAUUUUAUGGGACUUUUUUUGUAUGAUUUUAAUUCUCUAUGAAAUCAUUACAAUACCAAUAAGAAUAAGUUUUGAAGUAGAAGUAAGUGUGGAAUUUGGUUAUGUAAUAACAGCAGCAUUUUUAUUUGAUAUAGUUUUAACUUUUAAUACAGCAAUAUAUUUGAAUGGAAAUAUCAAUUAUUCUUAUAAAGCAAUUGCAUUUGAUUAUUUCAAAUUAUGGUUUUGGAUAGAUGUUGUAGCAUCAUUUCCAUAUGAUUUAGUAUUCAAUGCAGCUUUAACAGGUGAAACAGAAGAUGAAUUAAAUAAUUCAUCAGAUAAUUUAAAAAAAAGUACUUAAAUUUUAAGAGUAUUAAAAUUCUUUCGAUUUGUAAAAGUAAUUCGUUUAUUGAGAUUGGCGAAAUUGAAGGCUAUAGUAGACAAAAUAGAAGAAUAUUUUUCUGAUAGUUCAAUAAUUUAAACAAUAGGAAGUUUUAUGAAACUUUGUGCAUUUGUAUUGUUUUGGUCACAUUGGCUUGGAUGUAUUUUUCAUUUUAUAGGUUAAAAUGAAGAUAUAACAUAUAAUUGGCUUUCAAUUUAUGGAUUAUAUGAUUAACCUUGGGAAAUAAGAUAUGUAAAUUCUGUUUAUUGGGCUGUAACAACAAUGAUUACAGUAGGUUAUGGAGAUUUAUCUCCUUAAACUCCUUUAGAAAGACUUUUUGGAGUUUUCUUUCUUUUAAUUGCUUGUGGUGUAUUCUCAUUUACUAUGAAUACUAUAGGUAAUACAAUGCAAUAAUUGAGUUAAAAAUAAGAUUAAUAUUAAAAAAGAAUAUCAGAAAUUAAUAAUUAUAUGGCUAAAGUUAAAAUACCAAAAUAGUUGUAAAAUAAAGUAAGAAGAUAUUUAUAAUAUAUAUGGGAUUCUCAUCGUAGUAUAAAUUUAGAAUCAAUUUGUUCAAAUCUAUCUUUAUCUUUAAAAUAUGAAUUUACAAUUUAAGUAAAUGGAGCUAUUUUAGCUAGUUAUAAAUUACUUUGUGAAACAUUUUCCAGAGAAAUACUUAUAGAAUUAACUCAAAUUCUAAAAGAAUAAACUAUAUAACCAGAUGAAUAUGUAUUUAUUGAAGAUGAACCUAAAAAUGAAUAAAUUCUCUAUUUUAUUUAAGAAGGUUAAAUAAAUAUUGUUUUAAUAAAAACAAGAUAAAUUGUAGCAAGAUUAAGUAAUAAAUAAAUUUUUGGUGAGAUUAGUUUUUUUGGAAAUAUUGGUAGAACAGCAUCUGCAAAAAGUAAUGGAUUUACUGAUGUUUUUGUAUUAAAAAGAUAAGAUUUUGUAGCAUUAUUAGAUAAAUUUCCAGAAGAUAGAGAAAAAUUUAAUUUUAUCAAUGAAGAAGUAAGUAAACGAUAAUUUUAAGUUUUGAAUAUUCAUUGUUAUGCUUGUGAUUUACCCGGACAUGUAAUAAGAGAUUGUCCAUCAUUACAUUUUGUUAUAGAUUUAUAUAUAUAUUAAAAGACUAAAAUUAGAUGUAUUAAAGCUAUAAUGAAAGAUUUUGUAAGAAAAGAUAGAAUGAAUUAUCAUGCAUUAAAAAAUAGAUAAGUAUUAGAAAAAACUGCUUAAAGUCUUUAAAUGAAUAUACCAACACAUAAAUUUUUAGUAGAAGAAUGUAAUGUAGAUGAUCAAUUAUCAUAAGCAGUUGAAGAUGAAUCAAUUAAAAAAGGAUUUAAAUUAAGAUCUAAAUUUAAAGAAGAUAGAAAUAGAAGAAGAAAUUGGGAAUAAACGAUUAAAAAGUCUGCUUAAAAAAUAUAAUAGAUUUAAAUUAAAUAAUCAGAAAUUUUUAGUAUUACUAAAAGUAUCUCAUAAGCUCUCUUAUCAUCUCAUGCAAGUGGUGAAACAAGUUUAAAUCAUAUUGCUAUUAAUUAAUUUAAAUCUCCUAAUGAAAGUUCAGAAGAUAGUGAUACUUAAACUAUUUAAUAGAAAAUGUAAGAAAUUAUGGCUGAUUAUUAAAUAUUUAAAUAGGAAGUUGAUAAAUAUAAUGGCAGUCAAUAAUUAGAAAUUAAAAGGAAUUUUGUUUUAUUAAAUGAAUUUGAAUAUGGUUGUGAUUAUAAUUUAUUCUAUCCACAUAAUAAUCUCUCUGUUGUUUUAAAAGAAUUUCAUAAAUAUUAAUUAGGUAACUCUGUUAAACCUAAAAUUGAUACUGAGUAUGAUACCAAUGUAUUUUAAGAAUAUAUGGAAUAUUAUGUUAUAGAUAUAGAAGAUGUGAAAAGAUUUAAAUUGGAAGUUAAACCAUCUCAAAUUAAACAAUUUCUACCUUUCACAUAACUUCUUUAAUAAUAAUAUAAUCGCUAAGUAACCAUAAUUAUUAUUCAUUUUAUUAGAAAAAAAAGAACUUUGGGUUGUUAAAAUAGCCAAAGAAAUCUUUAAAAUAAAUUGCUAGAGCAAUUAUUUUGGCAAGAAAAUUUAAAUGAUCUAUUAUAUUUAAUGAUAUAAUUAUUAUUAAACGGUAUGAAAAAUACAAAAAAUUCUCUUAAUCCUCAAGUUAGAUAAUUUAUAAAAUAAUUCACAUAAUCUCAAUAAGAACUAGAAAUUAACAAAUAAAAAACUUUGACUAAAGUACAUCAUCAAUUAUCUAAAAUCAUAAUAAAUUAGAUUUUAAAGCAAUAAAUUCUUUUAAUUAUCUUCAAAAUAAGAUAAUAUAUAAACUUAUCUUAAAAUUCAAAGACUCCAAUUUCAUUCUCUUUUCUAAUUCUCUCUUUUGUAUUGAUCAAGAUAGAUAUGUUGAUGUUAUAAUUUAGAAAGUUAUCGAAAAAUUAGAGAAAAGAAAUUAUUGCAAGAAAAAACCAUUUUUAAUUAUAUAACAAAAUGUUAUAUUUAUGAGUAUUACACCUGAAACUAAUUUUGAUUAUUUUGAUAAUGACUCUGUUAUUUGUCAAAUGUAGUAUCUGAAUCAUUUAAUUAGAUAAUAAACUUUUUUAAGUUCAAAUCUAAAUCAAACACCAAUAAACUAUAAAUUAAAGCUUUUGAUAGUUUUGAUUAGAAAUAAAAAAUGUUUAAAGUUUAAAAAAAAUAAAAAUUAUGA